AAAUUGAGUCUACAAAUCGAGAUGCUGACAGCUCAGUGUAAUAAUAAACACAGAAUCCUUGACAAUGAACUUACAGAAACCUUAGCUUCUCAGAUCGAGUUGGACAAAACAGCCGAAGACUUCCGCAGAGUUCACCAAGAAAGACAAGACCUUAUCAGACAGUGGGAAAACACCAUAGAGCAAAUGCAAAAAAGAGACCAAGAAAUAGAUAGCUGUGCCUUGCUUUUAGCACAAGCAAGAAGGGCAAUCCGUGGAAAGGAAAGUGUGCUUAAAGACAAAGUCCAAUUUUUGGCGAAUGAGAGUGGGAACAACGUAGAGUAUGAGAAGAGAAUUUCCAUUGCUGAUCGACAAGCUGCCAAACUGAGAUUAGAAUACCAGACAGAGGAAAAUAACAGAGAUGCACUCCAAAAUGAGUUGGAUACACUGAAAGCUACUGUGGAUGGGACAGCUUCUGAACUAGAAUCAAUGAGAACCACUGUAACCAAUCUUAAGAAAGAAAUCCAGGACAAAACUUUAAGGCUAAACUUGAUUAAGGACCAGAAUGAAACUCUUACAAAUAAAUUGAAAUUUGUGACAUACCAAGCAUUAAGUGAAGAAGAAAAAGCAUGCAAAAUGGAGGAACUAUUAAAGGACAAAGAAAAAAAUUUGAAGGAGAAAGAGGCACAAGCAUUACAACUGAGAGAUGCCCAUUUCAAGAAAACAAAGGAGUUGAAAACGCUUACAGAAAAUGAAAAGGGUAUCACAUCUUUAAUCGAAGGACAUCGUGGUCAGAAAAAAAAUCUUCAGAACCGAUUACGGCGGCUGGAUAUACAAGCACUUAAUCAGCAAGAACUCAUGUAUAAUCAGGAUUUUUACAUACAGCAAGUGGAGAGACGGCUGUCACGUUUGAAGGGGGAACUUAACACAGACGAGAAGCAAAUUUUAGAAACCAAAUUGGCUGAACUAAUAAAGAUAAUGGAUGAAAAGAAACAGGCAUUCCAUACUUUACAAUCCCAGGAAAAGAAACUUCAGAGUGAAAUCCAUUUUAGCAAGUUGGCCAUAGAUAAAACCGGAGAAGAAAUGGUUGGUUUGAAGACUAGACUGGAUGAGCUAAACCUUUUCACAGAUAAAUCAGACAAGUUAUUAAAAAAAGCCAGAGCAGAAAAGCAGGAUCUGAUGAUUGAAGACAACCUCUUAAAACUGGAACUGAAACGUGUAAGAGAUUUGCUGUACAAUAAGGCAGAGAAAGUUCUCUGCCUCGAGAAACGGAAACAGCAGUUAAAAACAGCCAUGGAGGAGAGAACGGCCGAUAUCAAAGUUCAUAAGGAAAUGAUUGAGACUCAGACACGACUCAUUGAGCAAGAGCGUCAGACUCUAAGUUCAGAAUUUCACGAGCGACUGAGUAAAAUUGAGAAACUGAAAAGCAGAUAUGAAAUUAUUACCAUUGUCAUGAUGCCUCCAGAAGGAGAAGAAGAGCAAACUCAGGCUUAUUAUGUUAUAAAGGCUGCCCAGGAGAAGGAAGACCUUCAGCGUGAAGGAGAUUCCUUGGAUGCAAUGAUCCAAAAAGCUGAGAAAGAAUGUGUAGCCCUAGAAAAUACUCUGCAUGUACUUAAUAACUGUAACAGCAACUACAGGAACUCAUUCAAGCAAGUUGCAGAUAAAAGUGAAGAGCACAAAGAGAAAACGAAACUGGAAGAAGAGAGGAGAGCUACUGACGAAAAACAUCGAUAUAAGCGAAGGCAGAUCAAGGAGCUUCAAGAAGACAUUCAGGCUAUGCAAAACAAUCUUGAUACUCUUGUGAAAAAAGAGGCCCUCCUCCAGGAAAAAAUAAAAGAUAAACAUGCAUAUGCUAUGAAAUUAACCAGAGAAAUAGAUGAUCAGAAGCCCAGACUAGAAAGAGUCUCAAAACAGGUUGCUCGAUUAUCCCGAGAAAUCCGGACACGACAGGACACUCAGUCACAAACACCAGAGGAAAAAGACAUUGAAGUUCGUACACUGAAGGACUUCAGCAAACACGUAGAUAAAAUGCUGAUUGAUGCUUCAGAAGCACAUCCAGAAUUACAUAACAUCUUCCAAAAGUACUUUGGACAGGCUUCACUGCAUCUUCCUUCAGUUUCUGCUUCUCGCCUCAGUGUUCGAACUAUUCCCGGCUCAACUUCCAGCGCGUCCGUUAAGAGCUCCUAUUCCAGUCAACCACAUGUCAAAGUUGUAUCUCUGACUUUGGACUCCAGUCCUGAACCUUCAGGUCCAGUUUCUCGUCCUUCUAGCCAGGGUAGCGCCAGCACAUCCUCUCGUAGCAAAAGCCCAUAUUAGGGGGUUUUUUUUUCUGUUGCAAAGUUUUCAAGAAUUCAGAAAGUUAUCCGCUAAGCUACAGCAUAUGUUUGACUACACAACUAAAAUUAAUUUAUGUGAUGGUGAAUGAAUUAUUUUCAUUUGGAAUAAAUGUUUUAGGAUG